AUUCGAAUAUCUAAUCCCUUUAAUGGAGAGUGAGGUGAUGAACGUUAGAAGGGGGCCUUGGACUCUGGAGGAGGACCUUCUUCUGAUCAACAAUGUCGCUUCCCAUGGAGAAGGGCGAUGGAACUCACUCGCCAGCGUUGCAGGGCUGCUAAGAACAGGGAAGAGCUGUCGCCUCCGGUGGCUCAACUAUCUCCGGCCCGACGUCCGGCGAGGCAACAUCACUCCGGAAGAGCAACUCCUCAUCCUCGAUCUCCAUUCUCGUUGGGGGAACCGGUGGUCGAAGAUUGCUCAGUACUUGCCGGGCAGGACCGACAACGAGAUCAAGAACUACUGGAGGACUAGGGUGCAGAAGCACGCGAAGCUACUCAACUGCGACGCCAACAGCAAGCAGUUCGAGGAAAUCGUGCGGCACGUGUGGAUGCCGCAUCUCUUCCAGAGAAUUCACCGAGCCGCUUUGGCCGGCGGCAACUCGACGGCAGUGGCCGCCGCUUGCGGCGGCGGACCAGUUCCGAUGAAUCCCUGCGACGACCGAAGGACGGCGGAGGCCGGCUCAGGGCUUUCCUCCCCGGUGAAGUCUAGCGCGGCCGUCGAAGAGUCGCUGGAGCUCUCCCCGCUGCUGGCCUCCGAGGACCUGUGGAGGCCACUGGAUUCGUGGGAACUGGACCAGAGCAUUUGGGACGAGAACUCGUGGAACAUGGAAGAGUACUCGUGGCUGCAACAACUCGAACUGUAAGGAAAUUAAGAACUUGCUACAGGCGAAAAAUUAAGACGAUCGAUUUGUAAACAGUGCUAUGCAAAAAAAAACAGAGGAACAUGUUUUUCAGCCAAUUCGAGUUUAGAAGCGAUCAGGCACGCUGUCGAUCAUAUCAUUGCCGAUGCAAAUUAAAUUACAAGAAGAAAAUUGUUUUGAUUAUA